AUGCCACCCCCAGUCACCGGCCCACCAGCCGUGCCCCCGCCGGACGGCGGUUGGGGCUGGGCCGUGGUGGUGGCGUCGUUCAUCUCCAUCGGCUUCUCGUACGCCUUCCCCAAAGCGAUCACCGUCUUCUUCAAGGACAUCCAGAUCAUCUUCGGUGCCUCGUACAGUGAAAUUGCAUGGAUUUCCUCCAUCAUGCUCGCCGUCAUGUACGCCGCAGGUCCCAUCAGCAGUAUACUGGUGAACACCUACGGCUGCAGGCCCAUCGUCAUGAUGGGUGGCUGCCUCUGCGCUGUCGGCAUGACCCUGGCUUCAUUUUGUAACAGCGUGGUGCAGCUUUACCUCUGCAUCGGCGUUAUCGGUGGACUUGGAUUGGCAUUCAACCUGCAACCAGCUCUUACCAUGAUUGGCAAAUACUUCUACAAGAAGCGUCCGAUCGCCAAUGGGCUAGCCAUGGCCGGGAGCCCGGUUUUCCUCAGCUCGUUGGCGCCGCUCAACCAGUACCUUUUCAACCAGUUUGGCUGGAGGGGAAGCUUCCUGAUCCUGGGCGGCCUGCUGCUCAACUGCUGCGUGGCCGGCUCGCUCAUGCGGCCUCUCGGACCGCCGCCGUCCAAGCUGAAAAAGGAGGAAGUGGUAAGCGCCAAGGAAAAGCGCACCGCGUGGCAAUUGGUCAACAAGUACCUGGACUUGACGCUCUUCAAACACCGCGGCUUUCUCAUCUACCUAUCCGGAAACGUCAUCAUGUUUCUGGGCUUUUUCGCGCCGAUUGUUUUCCUGGCCGCUUACGCCAAAGACAUGGGCGUGGAUGAGUACUCCGCCGCGUUCCUCCUCUCCAUACUGGCUUUUGUGGACAUGUUUGCCAGACCCUCAAUGGGCCUUCUAGCCAACACGCGUUGGAUUCGACCCAAGAUUCAGUAUUUCUUUAGCUUCGCCGUGCUCUAUAACGGCGUUUGUCACAUCCUCUGCCCGUUGGCUAGCACCUACACCGGCUUGGUGGUCUACGCCGUCUUUUUCGGAUUUGCCUUCGGCAUGGUCAGCUCAGUGUUGUUUGAGAGUCUCAUGGACCUGGUCGGGGCUCAGAGGUUCUCCAGUGCAGUCGGACUCACCACGAUUGUGGAGUGCUGCCCGGUUCUCCUCGGACCACCGAUAGCAGGAAAACUGGUCGACGUGAGCGGGAAUUACAAGAUCAUGUAUUUCUGCUGCGGCGCCGUAGUAAUCUUGGCUGCCUUGUGGCUAUUCAUCGGUAACUUCAUCAAUUACAGACUUCUAGACCGUGAGCGCAAACUAGAGCAGUAUAAGCCCGCCGGUUCAGAGGACCCAGACGCGGUGCAAAAACGGGCUGCACCCGAGGCCGGUGAUGCGAAACAACCGGACGAAGAGAAAGCCCAGGAGCCCAUGCAACGAGAAACCAAUAUGUAA